AUGCUCCUCAAACUUAUUCCUGCGCUUUCUGAACCGACCAUCCACUUUUCUCUCUCCUUUUCUGAUCUUCCGUACAACCUACCAACACCUGCAGCAUGGACAUCACAACUGGCACAACUUAUGCACGAAGACCUCGAGACUCCGACGACUUUGCACUCCCUAGACCGAUCGGCAGGGGUGACAAGUCUUCUGGAGGAAGUUGAGCUUGACGUUGCUUUGGGAGAAGUGAGAUGUCGAUUCAUAGACGGCAAAGUUGAAAGAUGGGGAUUUUGGGAGGGAAUUUCCCGUGCUGGCGCUUUCAGGCAUAUUGACGGCGAACAAUACGGGAAAAGAUUGUCAGAUGCAUUGGAAAAGAUUGUCAAGGAUGUGCACGAAAGUACGCUCGAGGACGAACGUGUCUUGCGAGAACGGGCAUGGGAGAAGCAAAAGGUGGAGAGAAAUAGGUCAUUCUCUUCGGUAACAGCUGCGUCAGUAGCGAAGGUCAGUAGUGGGUCAAGUAAACCGACGAAGCAUAAGAAAUCUCGUUCGUUUUUUAUGCAAAUUGUCUCAGCAGUUGGUUCAAUUAUCAACUUGUCAUCCCCGGCCUCUCCUUCUAGCAAUGCAACUUCAUUUUUCUCCUCUCGCCCUAGCACCUCCCAAGCAUGGCCAACACCUACGUCUCCACCUUCUACCACUGCGCCAACUGGAACUUCACCUCGUGCUCGUGCACUCCGUCGAAGUGCACGUUCAUCACUAGUGGAUACAUAUCGCCUCUAUGUGCUCACUGAACUGGUUCGCCGGAUUGCCGGCCCUACCAUCAGCAUAGACACACUUGAAGCGGACUCGUCACAGGAAGAUGAUUCACAAGAAUACCGCAGACAGGAUCCAACAAAUUUCUGUGUGUGGAUUUUGCACAGCAUGCGAAGGCGUAUGUUAGAAAGGAUGGAUCAGAUUUUGGAAGAGGCGGAGGCGGAGCUAGCCUCAGAUCUGUCCACUCUCGAUGCAGCGCCAAAUUCUGAUGUGCAAGAAGAUACUGGCCUGGAGACGACAACUAUGAUUGUGCCAGUGUCAUUCUCGGAUGACGAAGACGAGCCAACUAAGCCGCCACCUCUAUCAGCCACGCCUGAUGAUUCAGACUCUGACGACGGUAGUUCUGUGCAUACUCCUUCCACAACAUCUCAUUUCCAGUGCUAUCCUGGCAUUCCCUCCACUAGGACGUCGUCCCGGUCUUCUAAUGUCAGCUCCCAUUCCUCUCACUCAGACGAACAUGAACUGCUCUCUGCGUCACCUACGCCUCCUGUCCCGCCAAAAGAUCUUCCUGAAGCUCAACCCUCUGUGCAACCAUCGACAAGCCGGCAACGACCAACCAUCAGGCUGUUGGUAUCUCAACCUGCACAACCAGUGCCCCCUGUGCAACGCCUCUCGACCGCCGCCCUCGAGGAAUACCGGUACCUCAUGGACAGCCGCAAGCGCCUCGCGCAGCUGCUUCUCUUUGCUGCGAGCCAAUCUCGCGUCGCCAAUGAGGAGGCGCGAAGCCGGCUCGACGUCCUCGCUGUGCGGAGUCGCAGACGCGCCUGGUCAAACCGCGCGCUGUCGAUGGAAGCCAAGUCCCGCACUGGGCUUGGAGGAUCUGCGGCAUACGGCUUGGCUACGCCGUUCCGCUCCUCGGCGCUCGCGCGGUACAUGUGGACCGCGGAAGAUCUAGCCUGUGGGUCGGGCUCUGCCGAUUCCUCACCUGCUUCGUCACUGUCCCGAUGCUCGGGCCUCGGGUUCCCGCCAUACCGCCCGAGAUUGCGUCCUAAAAUUCGCCAUGAUGUAGAGGCCGUUUUGGGGAUUGAAAUGCACGGAGACUCCCUUGUGGACGACGAGGAGGGUGGCCCGUUUGAGGAGGAGAGUUUGGCGGACGCACAUCCGGCAGCGGCAGAGCGUGACAUCGACAUGUAUGCAGGGAUUAAAGGUGCCAUGCACGAGAAACGUGUCACCACCAGGAAAGUCAGCAUAUCGACGCGUGCGCCUGCUCCUGAAAAGAGCAGAUCUGUCAUUGGCCGGUUGUUUCCGGUGACGGAGGAGAGGGAGGUCGAGGUUCAGGAUCAUUAUCCAAACGACGAUCAGGUUUAUGAGUUUGCGCUUCAUGGUCGUACCACGUAUAAAAAGGAGCAGACACAUACUUUUAUGGGCUGUGACGAGGUUCGCGUUGAGAGUGAGGACGAAGAGGAAAUUAUGUAUGCUUUCAACGGCGACGACGACGAAGAUCACCAUGAAUUCGAUGUUGAAUCAGGCUUUAGUGAAUUCGGCGACCGUGAGGUGCCCCACGACGUUGAUUCCAGUAUGGCUGGUGUUGAAGUUGUUCAGCGACCAAAGGCUCAGAAGACGCGUUCGACCAGUCGGAUGGGCGCUUUCCUGCAGAGGGCCAAGGGCAUGCAGAGCUCCUUCCAAUCAAAUAGCCGGCAGCUGACGAAGGACAGUCUUCUCUGCCAGGGAGUCCCCGCCUCGGUGGUCGUUCCUUCAUCCCCAGCGCCUUUGAAGAAGGCUUUCCAGCUGCAAACCCAGUCUCAGGCUCGAUUCAAGCGGACAGACCCUCCCGUCCCCGCCUACGCGAAUGAAAAGGCGAUUAAGAUUGCGCGCACGUCCUCCGCUGCUAUUUAUACCAAUAUUGAGGUGGACAUGCUUGACAUCCAGGUCUACGAUCCAGAUUCGACUGACUAUGCACAAUACAAGAAUGAGCCUUUAAAUGGUAGACCUGCCAUCUCGCCUAAGUCUCGUUCUCAGACAUCUAAAGCUAGCCAGGACGAAUUCACUCUUUCCAUGGACGUGCAGAAGCGAAGCAGCCGUAAGAGGCGUGAAGGCUCGCGACAAUUUGAUUACCCAACCAAACCUCUCGGGAGACAUGAAUUCGAUGAACCACGACGGCCGAAGUUGGAUGCCAUUUUCACCCCAUCUGCACGUAGUGGAGCUUCCUCGAAACCCAAACUCUCCUGCUAA